CUUAUUUUAAGUGAUUGCCCUACGUCUCUACUCAGUCGAAGUAGGGCUCAGUAGUUCAGAAAAUCCCUCUGUUUUGUGAUUUCUCUUGAGGAUCAUGUACAAGAGCAAGCUCCAAGAAUUAUGUCAUCAGUUGGGGUUGCGGCUGCCGGAAUACACCGUCUCCAAAAAGGCUCCGAUCACGACUCUAAAUUUCAGGCAAAGGUCACCGUGAACGGAGUAUCCUUUCAUUCACUCCACCCCAGAUAAGUGUAGAACUUGCAAGGAGGCUGAGAAUUUGGCUGCUCAUUUUGCUUUUGAAUACUUCUCGAAUAAUCCUCCUGUUCCUUCCACCAUAGAUCCUUCGUUGACUGAAGCUCAUUCUCAUCCGGCCGCAGAUCCCGGCGUUCUUCCUAAAGUCACAUCUUCUCAUCCGGAUCCGGUGGGCUCACACCAGACUCACGAGUCACGAUUCAGGAAUAUGUAUAAGAGCAAGCUCCAGGAAUUAUGUCACCGGUUGGGGUUGCCGCUGCCGGAAUAUACCGUCACGAGAAAAGGUCCCGAUCACGACUCUAAAUUUCAGGCACAGGUCACCGUGAACGGAGUAUCCUUUCACUCCACCCCAGAUAAGUGUAAAACUUGCAAGGAGGCUGAGAAUUUGGCUGCUCAUUUUGCUUUUGAAUACUUCUCGCAUAAUCCUCCUGUUCCUUCCACCAUAGAUCCUUCGUUGACUGAAGCUCAUUCUCAUCCGGCCGCAGAUCCCGGCGUUCUUCCUAAAGUCACAUCUUCUCAUCCGGAUCCGGUAGGCUCACACGAGACUCACGAUUCAGAUCCGCUGGCUGGCCCUCAACCUGUGAUGGGGGAUGAUCCUUCAUUUCCGUCCAAAAUCUCUGCAGGGGCGUACAAGCCAAAAUUGUUAGAGCUAUGUCGUAAGUACAGAUGGAAACAGCCCGAGUACAAGACAGCAAAGGAAGGUCCAGAUCACAUGCCUCGAUUUGCUGCCACAGUGGUUGUCAAUGAUGUUGCAUACGUCACUCCACAUCAGUGCCGAUCAUCGAAAGAAGCAACAAACCUUGCCGCUUGUGUUGCCUUCAACCAAUUAGCAAGGCUCGGCUUUUCAUCAACUGCAGAUCAUAUUGAUAUCAAAGUGCAUCAAAACAAUGAAAGGAAUGCACAACCAUCAGAUAUCAGAUCAACAUCAUUGGCUAGUAGAGAGCCUUCCAACUCUUCAGAGGUGCUACAUGUGUACAAGAACCAGCUACAACAGUAUGCUCAAAAGCAAGGGCUACCUCUUCCUCAGUAUUCUUGUGAAACUGAAGGACCACCUCAUGAUCGUCGAUUUAGAUCAAGGGUGGCUUUUUCUGGAAAGUUUUAUGAAUGUCAACAAUUUUUCACUACGCUAAAAGAAGCCGAACAAGCGGCGGCAAAGGUUGCAGUUGAGGCGAUAUGCCCCGAUGAAAUUCAGAAGGGAGGAGGUCUAUUCAAGACCCUUUUACAAGAGCUUGCACAAAAACUUGGGUUUCUUUUUCCGACCUAUAAAACAGUUCAGAGUGGUCCACCACACGAUACUACUUUUAGCUCCGUUGUGCAAAUUGAUGAGGAAUCAUAUCAAGGACAACCAGCUAAGACUAAGAAGCAAGCUGAAUUGAAUGCUGCCGAGAUUGCCUACAAUACCUUGAUCAAUUGUUCGGAUAAAUGUACAAAGAGGCAGAAAACUUCGACCAUACCUGGCACACAUAUUCCGCAUCCGCCAUCCACUCAUAAUUUCUCUUUAUGUCAAUAGGUGCAGAUGUCGUCAAUUUAAAGGUGAAGCAAACAUCGGCUACACCACAUCCUCUCUCACUCAGCAAUCAAUGUUUUGUUCCAACACCGCCCGAGCGUUUUGCUGUUUCUGUUUUACCGUCUAAUCAAAUUAAGAGUUCAACAAUGGAGUCUAAUGUCAAGCAAACUGAUAAGUUUUUUGUUUCACAGUCUCAUUCAAGUUCUGCCGUUGUUUCUGGCCAUGCUCCUGUUUUGCCUUGUUAUGUUCAAGAUUUACAUGAUAGACCAUCGUCCAGUCCAUUGACAGUCCCGCAUUUAAGUAGUUCCAUUGAGAUGUUUAGUUCCAUUGACAGAGCAGCUUCUGUGAGUAACAUGGUUUUGGUCUACCCGCGUGGUUCAGAAGCGGUACUCCCUGUUGACGCUUCCAUGUUAUCAUGCAGUGAUGACAAAUGGGUGGCAGUUCAAGUAGACCUGGAUGUUAAUUAAGGGUACACUUGUAUCUAUUGCAGCAUAUUGUGCUCUUAUAUGGAUGUUUCCUAAGCAAUGUUGUUUGUGUCUUUUCAUGUAUUGGAUAUUGUGUCUUUUCACUAAAUACCGUUCAUGUUUUUUUAUAUGUAGUGAUUGAUAGUCUCAUAGUCAUGCUUUGUUUAGGUUAUUUACUAAUUUAAGUUUUCAUGUUAUGGAAAUUUUCUUCAGGAUUUGAGAGUUAUAUCUGUCUAUUUGACUACUUCAGGAAGUUUUUUCAUGUUAUGGAAAUUUAAGUCUCAUAGUCAAGCUAUAUUUGUCUAUUUGAGAGUUGUAU